UCUCCGCAACAAGUGUCGCUGCACACAAAAAGCAUCCAGUUACAACACUGGCAGAAGACAAUUCUCUCCUCUCUCCGUGGGCUAUUUUAGGCUCCCGUCACAGCUGAUCGCAAAGGUUUUUGGCCCUCCCCGAAUUUUUGGCAGCCCGCUGUCCUUGUUGAAAGACUUGUUUGAAAAAGGGGGAGUUGUCAAACGAAGCCGUGGUUUGCGAGCUUCUCGGAAUAACAAUAAGUUAUACUACUGUAUGCUUAUUUUUCGAAAUUAGAUUUACCGCGGUUUCAACAACAACAACAACAACAACUUCAACAACAACAACAAAAACGGACACCAAAAAGGGGUUACCUUAACUUCAAACCGGUUUUACAAAACAGUGGAAUCCACAAGAGUCUGUAUAAAAAUAUCAUCCAGCUAUCUUCAAGGUUUUCAAGUAGACCUACUGCCUCAAAGAAACAGGGGCUGCAGGUUAACGCGAGUUUUUUUUAAUAUUAAGGAAACAGUGCUGUUGAAUGCUUUCAACAUUUUAGACCGUAUUGUAUUUAUCAGUGUCUGAUUUGCAUCAUUCUGCAUCGUAUUUAUACUGCCAACGCAAACUCGCAAGUAAAGCAGAAGUAGGAUUCGAAAGACAAUGGAGGUAAGCCCUAUUCCUGUGGUCACUGUCCAGACAGUCCCGUAUGACGACCAGAGACCGGGGACUAACGGGCUGAGGAAGAAGACGGUGGUCUUCGAAAGCAAAAGGAACUACUUGCAGAAUUUCAUCCAGAGCGUCCUCUCGUCCAUCGACCUCAGGGACCGCCAGGGGUGCACAAUGGUAGUAGGCGGCGAUGGCCGAUACUUCAGCAGGACGGCCACGGAGGUUAUCGUCCAAAUGGCUGCUGCCAACGGGAUUGGUCGUCUGGUUAUUGGACACAAUGGGAUCAUGUCGACCCCAGCUGCAUCGUGUAUAAUCCGAAAGAUAAAGGCCAUUGGAGGGAUAAUUCUCACUGCGAGUCGCAACCCAGGAGGGCCUGGAGGAGAUUUUGGGAUAAAAUUUAACGUGGCCAAUGGAGGCCCAUCACCUGAGUCGGUGACAGACAAGAUAUAUCAGAUUAGCAAGACCCUGGAGGAGUACGCCAUCUGCCCUGACCUCCGGAUAGACCUCGCGCGGCUGGGCAGGCAGGACUUCGACCUGGAGAACAAGUUUAAACCCUUCAGAGUGGAGAUUGUGGAUUCAGUGGAGAUUUACCUCAACAUGCUGCGCAGUAUUUUUGAUUUCAGUGCCAUCAAAGGGCUUCUGACUGGACCUGAUCAACUGAAAAUUAGGAUCGAUGCAAUGAAUGGAGUGAUGGGGCCUUACGUGAGAAGAAUUCUGUGUGAUGAGCUGGGCGCCCCGGCGAACUCUGCUGUCAGCUGUGUGCCCCUGGAGGACUUUGGGGGCCAGUAUCCGGACCCCAGCCUCCCAUACGCAGCCUCGCUGGUGGAAGCUAUGAAGGGUGGGGAGUUCGGCUUGGGUGCAGCGUUGGAUGGAGAUGGGGAUCGGUACAUGAUCCUCGGGCAAAAUGGAUUUUUCGUGAAUCCCUCGGACUCGGUGGCUGUUAUUGCUGCCAAUCUUUCGUGCAUUCCCUACUUCAGGCAGAUGGGAGUCCGGGGCUUUGCACGAAGUAUGCCCACCAGCACAGCCUUGGAUAGGGUGGCCAAGGCUAUGAAGGUAGCGCUGUAUGAAACCCCCACUGGCUGGAAGUUCUUCGGAAAUUUAAUGGAUUCUGGGAGAUGUUCCCUUGGUGGAGAGGAAAGCUUUGGAACUGGCUCGGACCACAUCCGUGAGAAAGAUGGCCUGUGGGCAGUGCUGGCUUGGCUCUCCAUCGUAGCUGCCCGGAAACAGAGUGUGGAGGAGAUCGUGAGGGAACACUGGACCAAGCUGGGGCGCAACUACAUCUGCAGGUUUGAUUAUGAAGGUGUGGACCCCAGAGCCGCACACUACAUGAUAAGGGACCUGGAAGCUGUGAUCACUGACAAAGCGUUUGCCAGUCAGAAGUUUGCAGUGGGGAGCCAUGUGUACAGCGUGGAAAAGGCAGACAGCUUUGAGUACACAGACCCUGUGGAUGGCACUGUGGCCAGGAACCAGGGUCUGCGGAUUAUCUUUACGGAUGGAUCAAGAAUUAUAUUCAGGCUGGGUGGAACUGGCAGUUCAGGAGCUACCAUCAGAAUCUACGCAGAGAGCUACGAGCAGGACCCUGAGAAACACAACAGAGAAACACAGGCUGUGCUGGGCCCCCUGAUUGCCAUUGCGCUGAAGAUUUCAGACAUCCAUGAACGAACAGGCCGCAGGGGCCCCACCGUCAUCACCUGAGCUCACCCGCCACUUUCCACAGGGGCCAAAAGAGACACUCUUCCAUGAGGUUUUAGUUUCCAAACUUUCUUCAGUGUACGUGCCUUAAACCCUGCAUUCUUUCAAGGGCUAUGCCAUGUUUCAGUUGAAAUAGUUCCAGUGUAGUCUUCCCUUUUGUGUUGUUUUUUUUUUUUUCAGGUAACCGUUCCUUACCUACCUUUUUUGCUGCCAUUUUAAAACAUACUAUACUGUUCAUGUUGCCCCACUUUGAUGACCGUGCUUGUCGGUUCUGAAACUUUGCUUGUUGUGCACAUUAUUCAAGUUUUCAAGGACAAAAAGGGAGCUUGAGACAGUUCAAGCAUAUACGUUUUUAACCCUCACCGUGAUGGUUUUCUUGCUGCAGUAUUCUUUUAGAAUCUUAAUGAAAUAUUAAACAGAGGAACAUGCAUAACACAAUGUGUAUUAAUUAAUAUUACUAUCAUGCUAAUUAAGAUCACUUUUACAGAAGUGGAGCAUUUGGUAUUUUCAGUCAACAUGAGUUGGUAAACAUGGUCUGAUGUAUGUGUUUGUGUGUAUAUAUACAUAUAAUAAAUGUACUCAUACCACCUUGUAGUAUGAUAGAGCUGCUGAAAUCUCUGUUUAAAGAGAAAAGAGAUUUGUUGUCAAAGAACUCUUGGCCAAUGUUUUUACAUUGGGCUCUAAUUCUACAAAAAUCUGUUAAAGCCUACUUACUGUAUGUCUCAGUUUGAGCUUCUGAACUGAAAUCAUUGCACUCUCAACAUGAUGGAAUUUAAUUAAGUAUCAGUAUAUAACAAGAUAAAAGAAA